UUCCCCCUUUCCCUCUCUGAUGCCCCAAUUGCUGAAGAUCACCUCAGCCCCCAACGGUAUCUCCUCUCUCGACUGUCUUUCUUGGUUUCUCGUCACUCUCUCCCACGAGCUCAAGCUCUCGUCAGCUCGUCUCGUCUCCGGUCUGUCAAGCUCUCGUCAACUCAAUCUCUCCCUUCCCUGCGCUUCACGGUCUCGGUCUCGCACCUGGUCUCGAUCUCUCCCUUCCCUACGCUCUUCGUUGUCGUCUUCUUGCUUCGAGCCUUGCCGUCAGCUUCUCCCUCGCCAUCAGCUUCCUUCGCGCAACCCGAUUUGAUAAAAUCAAUAGCGAAGGAAGCGGCGUGAUUCUAACCUAUGGCUCCGAAGGCAAAACCCUCUCAGCCUCCUCCUCCCCUGGAAGAUCUGUUCACCACCCUCGACAGGCACAUCAACUCCUUCUCCUUCGACAACGCCGUCAAACUCGCAGACCAGAUUUUGGUGGUUGCACCCGCCGAUGAAGACGCCCUCCGAUGCAAGAUUGUGGCGCUCAUCAAGGACGACCGCCUCGACCUCGCACUCUCCGCCAUUCGAUCUUCUCGCACCCAUCUCCCUGAUUUCGAUUUCCUUAAGGCAUACUGCUUAUACAGACAAAACAAGUUGAAUGAAGCUUUGGAGUCUUUGAAAACACAAGAGAGAACAACUGAAACUAUGCUUUUGGAAGCUCAGAUUUUGUACCGUCUUGGGAAGAUGGAUGCUUGCCUGGAUAUCUACCAGAAGCUCCUAAAAUCCAAGAUUGAUAACUUGGAAAUAAAUUGUGUUGCCAGCCUAGUUAUGGGCGGGAGGUCAUCCGAAGUUCAAGGACUUCUGGAUUCACUUGGGGUUAAAGCAACAAGUAGCUUUGAAUUGGCAUACAAUACUGCUUGUUCUUUAAUUGAAAGGAAAAAGUACACAGAUGCAGAACAACUCCUGUUGUCAGGCCGAAGAAUUGGUCAAGAGGUCCUGAUGGAAGAUAACUUGCCUGAUGAUGAGAUAGAAAGUGAAUUGGCUCCACUAGCUGUACAAUUGGCCUAUGUCCAACAGCUUCUUGGGCGUAAACAAGAUGCUAUUGAAGCUUAUAUAGACAUCAUUAAACGAGAUAUGGCUGAUGAAUCAUCAAUUGCAGUGGCAGUGAACAAUCUUGUUUCACUGAGGGGUCCAAAAGAUGUUUCUGAUAGCCUAAGGAAACUUGAUCGGCUCAAAGACAAAGAGGCACAGAACUUUCAGCUUGCUAGUGAACUGGACUUGAAACUUCCUGCAAAAGAAAAGGAAGCAAUAUAUGCAAAUAGGGUCCUUUUACUUCUUCAUGCUAAUAAGAUGGACCAGGCCCGAGAACUUGUUUCCAGAUUGCCAGACAUGUUUCCGGAAAGUGUGAUACCUAUAUUGCUGCAAGCUGCUGUCCUAGUUAGAGAGAACAAAGUUGGAAAGGCGGAGGAAUUACUAGCACAAUUUGCUGGGAAGUACCCUGAGAAGUCCAAGGUUGUUCACUUGGCCAGGGCUCAGGUGGCUGCUGCUGCUGGUCACCCACAUAUUGCAGCCGAUUCCGUGGCUAAGAUAUCAGAUAUCCAACACAUGCCUGCUACUGUUGCCACCCUUGUCUCUUUAAAAGAACGUGCUAGUGACAUUGAGGGUGCAGCUGCUGUGCUUGAUUCUGCUAUCAAAUGGUGGUCUAAUGCUAUGACUGAGGACAAUAAGCUUAAUAUUAUAAUGCAAGAGGCUGCUUCAUUCAAGAUCAGGCAUGGCAAGGAAGAUGAUGCUGCUAAACUCUAUGAGGAGCUAGUUAAAAGCCAAGGAGGCAUAGAAGCACUGGUUGGGCUGGUAACAACAGUUGCACGCACAGAUGUCGAUAAGGCAGAACUUUAUGAAAAGCAAUUGAAGGCCUUACCUGGUUUAAAGGAGAUCGAUGUGGACAGCUUGGAGCGAACUUCUGGAGUGAAACAAGUUGAUGGUCCUGCUCAUGUUGGGGUCACUGAAUCACAUGAAGAAGGAAAGAAUAAGACAAAAGCUAAGAAAAAGAGAAAGAGAAAACCAAGGUAUCCAAAAGGGUUUGACCCCGCAAAUCCAGGUCCUCCCCCGGAUCCUGAAAGGUGGCUUCCCAGGCGGGAGAGAUCAACCUAUAGGCCUAAGAGGAAGGACAAAAAAGCUGCUCAAGUGAGAGGUGCUCAGGGUGCUGUAGUCCGAGAAAAGCAUGAUGUUGGUUCUUCUUCCAACAACUCUAAUCCAAAAGUAAGCCUGGCUGCUGCCUCUAAAGGAAGUAGUGGACCUUCUCAGCAAAGCAAGCCUUCAUCCAAGUCAAGAAAGAAGUCAAGGAAUUAACUAGAACUUUAACUAGAAUUCGUGUUUUUUUCCUGAAUUUUAUUUAUUUACGAUAAUGCUACUUUCAAUGCCUAAGCUGAGAAUAUUAUUUGGGUUCAAUUUCAAAACCUUAAGUUUUGGUUCAAGCA